CUUGUUCUCAACACCACUUACUCGUCCUUUCACCAGCCAUUUUUAACAUUAUGUCCCACACACAAGUCCAGCAUGCUGUCCCUCAGGACAUGGUCGGCAAGGUCGCGUUUAUCACCGCUUCGGCCAAGAACAUGGGUAAGCACUUUGCUCUGGCGCUCGCCAGACGCGGUUGCGACAUUGUGAUCCACCACCGCAAGGAUGCCGCCGAGGCCGAGAGAACCGCUCUAGAGAUUCAGGCCCUGGGUCACAGGACGCUCAUUGUUCAGAGUGAGCUCACGUCGGUCUCUGUGAUCGAGCAGAUCUUUGCCCAGAUUCUGGCAUCGUUUGGUCGCGUCGAUAUUGUGAUCAACAAUGCAGGAGUCGUCCUCAAGAAGCCCAUAUCCCAGACUUCCGAAGCCGAGUAUGACCAAUUGUUCAACAUCAACGCGAAGGUGCCGUUCUUUAUCAUGAAGGAGUGUGCCAAGCACAUGUCUGACUAUGGUCGCGUCAUCAAUAUCGGUACGACGCUGCUGGCAAUCACGACGGCGGAGUAUUCGGCCUACGCAGGAUCCAAGGCUCCACUCGAGGAUUUCACGCGAGCGUUGGCGAAGGAGGUCGGAGGCCGUGGUAUUACGGUGAACACGAUCGCGCCUGGUCCGGUUGACACGCCGUUCUUCCAUGGACAGGAGACGAAGGAAUCGACAGCGUUCUUUUCAUCGUUGUCGGUUGCAGGUCGUUUGGGAGAGGUGAAGGAUAUUGUGCCUGUGGUUGAGUUUAUUGCUUCACCCGGAUCACAAUGGGUCACGGCGCAGACGAUCUUUGUCAACGGUGGAGUCAUCUCUCGCUAAGAACAAGAAGAAGAAGAGGAGGAGGAGGAG